AGGAAGGAAGGAAACAGAAAGUGAAGUGUUUUCCUUGUUACCUUGGCUGCACAUAAGAAUCUGCCUCUCUCAGGGUGACCACGAGUCAUACAAACAGCACUGCACUGAGGCCUCAGCUCAAGAGUGAACAAAGUGAACAUCAGUCAUCGGACUUUGUGAAGAGGAUCCCUGCGACUAUAGGUCAGAGUUUGCUUCUUGGAUGCAGCACUAUGAAUGGGUUAGAGAGCAGAGCGUAAGAGGUAGUGCUGGUCACCAGAGCAGAAACACAUCAAGUCUGGUAACAAGUGAAGACGUCGUCCAGCUUGAAGAAACAUCGGGCACCCAAUAAAAAGAGAAAGAGGGUGGAACAAAGGGAGGAGACAGAAGAAGAAGAAGCGAGAGAGAGAGAGAAGGAGAGACUAGAGAGGUAAAGUGGGGACGAGAGAAGAAAGAAACUCACAUUUUUACAGAUGGAUCUGGGCGUGCUCAAGGCUCUGGAGAGAGAGAAGGUUCUGGAGGUUCUUCAGAGAGACAAACUUUUACGCAGCACAGAUGACGACAGGAUAAGGAGGCUGAAGACGGAGCUACAGGAGAUCCGAAGGAAAGGUGCCAAGAGUUUUGCCCGGCAGUACAGCAAAAGGACUUGCGCCCGCUGUCAGAGGCCGCUGGGAAUGUUCUGGAACUCGGGCGCCGUGUGCCGAGGCUGCAGCCACCGCGUCUGCAACAAGUGUCGUGUGGGCGUGUCCGCCCUGGACUGGAAGUGUACCGUCUGCCACGCCUACAGGAAGGUUAAGAUCAGGUCCGGGGAGUGGUUUUUGGAAGAAAGGGACAAGAAAUUUCCACCUGACUCGGAAAGGCAUGAGACUGUUGGGGAGAAGCUACUAAAGUCUUACCAGAGGUUGAGUCAUAUAACAGUCGUUCCGCCAACCGCUCCACCCUAUUACGAUGGUCCAUCCUUCAGCAGAUCAGGGGGACUGAACAAUUCCUUUAAAAAACCAUUCACCAAGUCUAUGGAGGACCUGAUGGUUUCCCUCACAAGCCACAUGAGAAGGUUCUCCAGGUCGCAACAGGAUGUACGAGUGGAACAGGAUCUUCUUACAGUGGACAACAGGCGGGGACAGAGCACUGGCUGGAAAAGCCUCUCUGACACAAACAUCAACAAAUACAACAAUCUUACCAAAGGCCCCAGUCUUACCAACCUGUUCAAGAAGAGCCGGAAUGAUGACCAGAGCAGUUCUUCGUCAGGGGCGGAUGAGGACCUUUCCCUGGGUUCAGAGUACUCAUGGGGAAAGAGGGGCAGUAGUGCUAGUAGCACUGGUACAGACUGUGGUCUCUUGGAGAUCAACAGAGUGACAGGGGAGCUAAAGCUCGCCAUCGCCUUCAACCACAUCACUUCCUGCCUGGAGAUCACAAUAAACGGCUGCAGAAACCUGGCGUACGGAGAUAUCAAGAGGAAGAAGUGUCACCCGUACGUCAAAAUCUUCCUACUGCCGGAGAAGUCUCAGAGCAGCAAACUGAAGACAACUAUCAAGAGGAACACAACGGAUCCCAUUUAUAAUGAAAUUUUACAGUGCCAGAUGGAGAGCCCCUUGUUGUCCAGGAGUACUCUGCAGGUGUCUGUGUGGCACUCUGCGACCCUGAAGAAGAAGGUGUUUCUGGGAGAGGUCCUCGUCCCGCUGGAGGGCUGUAUAUUUAAGGACAGCACCACCCAGGGCUCCAACUGGUACCCCCUGUGUCCAAAGCCUGAGAGUCCAGAAGGGAAUGCAGUAGAGCAGGAUACAGCAGGAGAACUGCUGGUCAGAAUGAAGUUCACCUCCUUGUCCCAGCCGUCCUGGGUUUGCCACACAGAUGCGGUUCAUAUUGGACCACAUGAUGUUGGUCAACUGACUGUUCUUGUCACUGGUGCCAAAAAUCUGCCCACUAAAGCAAACAACAGUCAGAACACCUAUGUGAAAGGGUGCUUGACUCUUCACGGGCCCAGAGAGCUGGUCCAGAGGACCCCUGUCCUGAAGAAGCCCAGUCCGGCGUGGUCUCACCAGCUGCUCUUCAGCAGAGUCACGCCCUAUGACCUCCAGAUCUGCACUCUGGAGCUUGACCUCUGGGACCACGCCCCCUUUACCUUCUCAGACCGCCUCCUGGGCUGGGUCAGAAUGGAAGCCGGGUCAUCAUGGCAACUGGUGCUGCAAACACCCAACAUGUGGCAUGACUUCAGUUUACCCAUGCAAGCCAACAUCAACAGCAGGAGAACAUGAUGUCAGAGUCAACAGG